UUCCGGUCUGCCAGUCCUCCAGCCAGGGUCGAAUCAACAGCAGCUGAGGGGACCAGCCCUUCCCUCUCUUCGGCAACAUCUCCUAUUGCUGCUCAGCUGAGAACCUCGACUAUUGAGGUGACCGGAUCCACCCCGAUGAGGCCGCAUUCCACUGUGGAGACUGGCUUCACGUCUCUUGAAAAUCAAACCACGCCAACCUUCAGCAAGGUUUCUCCCACGAAGGCUGAGCUGACCUCAGCAGAAGUGACCACAACAGCUUCACCAGCAUCCGAGUCUCCCCUGGCCACGUCUCUUUCCAUGCAGACUGUAUCCUCUCCGGCUCGGACCUCGCCGCCAUCGUCUCCCUCGGAGACCACCAUUGCAUCCCACGGCACGAGUUCUUCUAUUCAUGCAGAGUCCACCCCAACAGAAGGAAGCACCACCUCUUCGCUCCAUUCGGCACACUCAAGCACUGCAGUCCCAGAAACCAUGUCCUCCGCAGAGUCGGUGGCCCCUAUUGUCACCACAACCACUGCUGUUGGCAUGACUGAGCUAACCUCCACCCUGGAACAAACCAGUCCCUCCCUCGCCCACUCUUCUGCCAUGCAGCCGAAAGGAACCUCACCACAGGAGAGCAGAACUCAACCCCCGCCUUCUGGCUCUUCCACAACGAAACCGGAGGUGAGCUCUGCUCAAGGCACCACCGUUUCCACACCAACUUCUUCCCCUUCCUCUUACCACUCUUACAUUGCCCUUAGCGAAGAAAGCACCGUCUCCUUCCGGUCCGCCAGUCCUCCAGCCAAGGUCGAA